UGAGAAUGAGAUUAUUUUCCGCGAAAGCACGCAAGAAAUCAGUCUUUCCCCUUCUCUGUUCCUCACUUCCACACAUGGGUGCUUCUGGAAACAACCUUCUCCAAGUUCUCUUCAGGAACUUCGAUGUUCUUGCUCUCCCCUUCGUCACCCUUGUUUACCCCUUACAUGCUUCCAUUAGGGCCAUAGAGACAACAAGGUCUCAUACUCAUUAUCAACAAUGGCUUACCUACUGGGUUCUUUACUCUUUGAUGACCCUCUUUGAGAUCACAUUUGCCAAAGUUCUUCAACUGCUUCCCAUUUGGCCGUAUGCCAAGUUGAUAUUCAGUUGCUGGCUGGUUCUGCCUCAGUUCAACGGCGCAGCAACUGUUUAUGGAAAUUACAUAAGGCCCUUCUACAUGAACCCGCAAAUCCGAGUCCCUCAAGCUUCUCAAAUGUGGUAUUUCCCGCGCAAGAACAACAUAUUCAACCAACCAGAUGAUGUUCUAACCGCUGCUCAGAGAUACAUGAAUCAGCAUGGUACAGAAGCAUUUCAAAGACUUAUAACCAAGAAUGAGAGAGUAGCCAGAGCAAGGAGGAACCGAAACCAUGUGAUCUAUGAUGAUGAUUACAAGUAUUGAUUAAACUCUGUUAAUGUUUCACUCUCCUAUUGUUAAUAUUAUUUCUACGUACCAACUAUUGUACUAGAUUAUAUAUAAUAACCCUUGUCAUGAGUCUCAAGUUUCUUCGUGCAAUUACUUGGCCUAAAAAGUAUUGCAAAGGGAUGGAGAAAAGGUAACGAAAAAUUAUUUUAUCGAUUCAAGUUUUCUAUUACAUAAAAGUUGACACGACUAAAUAAUAAUUUUGAACAAAAUUAAUGAGA